AUGCAGAAGAUGAAGUGGAACAAAAAGAAAGUUCAUGUUUUUCCUUUUCUUGUCAUUUUGUUAUUAGUCUUCAUAACAUUCUCAACUCUCCAUAAUGGGAGCACAAUUGGACAAAUCCAUGAAAGCCCAGAUCACAUUCACCAAGUAGAAGCUUCUUUAGCUAUCUAUGUUAAACCUAAUCUCUCUAGUCACCUCAACAAAUCUCAAGAGGUUUUGGAUAGAUUCAGUAGAUGCAACUCUACUACAGAGUAUACUGGUAGAAAAAUUGCUAGGCGUGGUGAUUCGAAGAGUUCCGUUCGCCAGAGAGUGAGUGCUAAAAGCUGCGAUGUUUUCUCGGGUCGAUGGGUGUUUGAUAAUGCUUCAUAUCCAUUGUACAAUGAGGCAGAUUGUCCUUAUAUGUCUGAUCAAUUGGCUUGCAAUAAGCAUGGAAGAACUGAUCUAGGGUAUCAACAUUGGAGAUGGCAACCACAUGAUUGCAAUUUGAAGAGGUGGAAUGUGAAAGAAAUGUGGGAAAAGUUGAGAGGUAAAAGGCUAAUGUUUGUCGGAGAUUCUCUGAAUAGAGGGCAAUGGAUAUCUAUGGUAUGCUUGUUACAGUCAGAAAUUCCUUCCGAUAAGAGAUCAAUGUCACCAAAUGCUCAUCUCACGGUUUUCAGAGCCGAGGAGUACAAUGCAACUAUAGAAUUCCUCUGGGCUCCUCUUCUCGUUGAAUCUAAUUCCGAUGAUCCGGUGAAUCACCGACUAGAUGAACGGAUAAUUCGUCCUGAUUCAGUUAUGAAGCAUGCAUCACUGUGGGAGCAUGCUGAUAUACUUGUUUUCAACACAUACUUGUGGUGGAGACAAGGACCAGUUAAGCUAUUAUGGACCGAUGAAGAAAAUGGAGCUUGCGAAAAGUUAGACGGGCAAGAAGCAAUGGAGUUGGCCAUGGGAUCCUGGGCCGAUUGGGUGUCUUCUAAAGUUGAUCCACUCAAGAAGCGUAUUUUUUUCGUGACCAUGUCCCCAACACACCUCUGGAGCCGAGAAUGGAAUCCGGGAAAUGAAGGAAACUGUUACGGCGAGAAGGAUCCUAUUGACUUUGAGGGCUAUUGGGGAAGUGGUUCUGAUUUACCUACCAUGAGCAGUGUAGAGAACAUCCUUAGCAGUUUAAAUUCAAAAGUUUCUGUCCUCAAUGUUACUCAACUUUCCGAGUAUCGAAAAGACGGUCAUCCUUCGAUUUUUCGAAAAUUUUGGGAGCCUCUUCGUCCGGAACAGUUGUCGAAUCCUUCAUCUUACUCUGAUUGCAUACAUUGGUGCUUGCCAGGGGUGCCUGAUACGUGGAACGAGUUACUAUUCCACUUUUUAUGA